UAUCCCCGCUCGGCUUCUUCUUCUCCAGCGGCAGAGCAGGAGAAAAGAAAGCAGCGUCUCUAAUGGCCUCCACGUCGUCGUCGCCGCUCCCCCUUCUCCUCCUCCGGCCGCUCCCAUGCAAACCCUUACUCCUCUCCAAGCACAGGAGGCCGCAUCCCUCCCAGAGAACUGGCCGCCUGGCAGCUUCGGCGGUAGCAGGAGCUCGGCAGUGGUUGGUGCAGCCGCCGGAGACUGGCCGGUGGAGGAGGAGCGGCCGAGACUUCGCGUGCUCAUCGUACAACAACCCGCCGCCUCCGUCUUCCAGUAAGGAUUCGGACGAGUGGCCCAUCCUUCGGCGGUGGGAUGUGCCAUGGGGGUGGCAAACCCUUGUGCUCAGCGUGGUGGGCUGUGGAGUAAGCUUUGCUCUGACAGGAUUGGUUGAACAGUCGGCAUUGCAAUACCUAGGGUAUUCAGCUGCAGGGGCAACUAUAGAUGAGAAGGCAGGAAUACUCUUUCUCGGACAACUGAGCGUGACAGCUAUUGUGCUUGGUGUCAUAUUUAGCAUCACCAAUACCUUCCGGCCGUUCCCUGACGAUAUCUUUCGUUAUGAUAUUAAAGAACCAUUCAAGCUGCGAAAUGGCUGGCUUCUAUGGGCUGGUAUUGGCCUCUUUGGUGCAGUCAUUUCCAUUGCUUUAGUUGGAGCUGGCAUGACCUAUCUGAAUGGUGAACCUCCAGAGAGAGAGAAGGACUCACUGGUCCUUUUACUGCCGCUAAUCGGCUCAUCAACCCUCAGCACUGCCUAUCUAGUGGGCAUAACUGGAGUUCUAGCACCAAUUCUGGAGGAGACUGUGUUUCGAGGGUUCCUAAUGGUGUCCUUGACUAAGUGGUUUCCCACUCCAGUCUGUGUGGUUCUCAGUGCCGCUGUAUUUGCCUUCGCUCAUUUGACACCUGAUCAAUUCCCACAACUGUUUGUGCUUGGUGUUGCACUAGGGUUUACUUAUGCUCAAACUCGCAAUCUUCUAGCUCCUAUUACAAUACAUGCGUUUUGGAACUCAGGAGUUAUAUUACUGCUUACCUUUCUUCAGUUGCAAGGGUAUGAUAUCAAGGAGCUCUUGGGGGCAUCUUGAAGGCUUUAAAGGACCAGCUUCUGGCUUUGUGCAUAUCCUUCAGUAACUUCAGCAAAAAGACCUGGAAGGAACAAUGAGCUCUCCCUUAUUCUACUCUUUAGUGUUUAGUAUUUAUUGUCCAAGUAGGCAAUUUUAUGUUCCUUGGAGCUCCUUAAGUAAGCUGUUAGGAAAGUAAGAGCAUUAUGUUCUGCUAUAAUGAUCUAACUUAAGGGCUAAGGCUAUGCAAAACAGAAGUUCCUACAGCAUAUUAUCUGGGUAACACAUGCACAUUAUGGCUUAAGAUGAGAUGGCUUGUGCACAUAA